GUAUGAUGUAAACCUCAUCAAUGCGUAACGUAAUGUCGCAUCAUAUCCCUUCAACAACAUCUUUUAACCAUCAAGUGUCGACGUGCAUCCCUUGACCAAGUUUGCAUACAUGAGGUUGAUAUCAUAAGACUUGGAAGGCAGCGCCUUGAGCAAUACUCUUUGUCUGAUAACCUAGAAUACAUGUCCAAAGAAGUUGCACGACUCUACUGCAAUGUAUCAGCAGAGGAAAGGAUGAGUCUUUAUGAGCAGAAGACAAUCCGUGAUGAUAGUAACAUUGAUCAUCAAAGCAGUUUAUCAUUUCAAAAUGAGUAUCACAAGAUCGGCUCUUUGAACAGCAGACAAGAAACUGCUGGAGGGUGUCAUGUAAGAUUUCUGAGUGAAAGCCUGUGUUUUAAUCUUCAAUCAGAACCAGCCAAACAGGAAAUGGAGCGGACUGGAAUGCCGAAGUGGGGAGUAGUUAAGAAAUGGUGGCGAAAAGUGUUUAUUCAUCAACUAAACAACCAGACUUUAUAUCAAGACCAAAUUCAGAGCGUUACAAACGCUGCUAAUCUUUACUGUUUACUUUAACUGUCUGUUCACAUCCGGGUUGUGAUUGUAAAUCUGCCAUGUUAUUGCUGGCUCACUGACUAGCCAUUACAAUACAAUUACUUGAAGAAAUCUUAUUCGAAGGAAGGCGGAAAUAACAGCCAAAAGAAAAGGAAAAA